CACAAGCAUAGUUGUAAUAUAAUUAUUCUUUUUAUUUUACUUUAUUUUAUUUUUAAAUGAUAUUACAUGAUUAAAACGUCACAAACUCAAAAAUAAUCUUCUUCACUGUUAUCUUGAUUGAUUUUUUUCUUAUUGCAACUUAAUAUGAAAAUGGCUAUUAUUCAAAAUGAUAAUGAACAAAAUAAAGAUGUUAUAGUCUCAAAUAAUAAUUUCGAAAGUGAAGUUGAAGAUUCUGAAGCAGAGGAUGAAGUUGAAGAAAAUACAGAAGAAGGCCUUCUUGAUGAAUAUCCUGAUGAUGCAGAAGACAUCGACUGUAUUCAUAUGCGUGUUACUAGCAUUCCAAAUCUUCGUUUGGAAAGAUUUAAUAAUCUCCAGAGUAUUUGUCUUCGUCAAAAUUUAAUUAUUGAUAUUGAAGGUCUUGACUCUUUAUCUCAACUAAAAGAACUUGAUUUAUAUGAUAACAAAAUCUCUCACAUGCGUGGAUUAAAUAAUUUAACCCAAUUAAGGAGUCUUGAUCUCUCUUUCAACAAGAUUAAACAUAUUAAAAAUAUCGAUCGACUCACUGAGCUUACUGAUCUUUAUUUUGUCAGUAACAAAAUAUCAAAAAUUGAGAAUUUAAACACACAGAUCAACAUUACGAAUCUUGAAUUGGGGGCUAAUCGCAUUAGAGUUAUUGAAAAUUUGGAUAAUCUUUCUAAUUUGACUCAAUUAUGGUUAGGAAAAAAUAAAAUUACUAAAUUAGAGGGUUUAAGCGCUUUGAAAAACUUGAGAUCUUUAAGCAUUCAAAGUAAUCGAUUGACAAAGAUUGAAGGACUAGAGGAAUUACAUAAUUUAGAGGAAUUAUAUAUGAGUCAUAAUGCUAUCGAAAAACUUGAAGGUUUGGAGCAUAAUCUGAGAUUGAAUACGUUGGAUAUUGCUAAUAACUUGUUAACUCGAAUUGAGAAUUUGUCUCAUUUACCCAAUUUGGAGGAAUUUUGGGCUAAUAACAAUAAAUUCGAUGUUGAAUGUUAUGAUCAAGUAGAAAAAGAAUUAGGUUCAAUCAAGACAUUGCAUACAGUCUAUCUGGAAGGCAAUCCAAUGCAUCUUAAAAACAGAGCAACAUAUCGUAAUAAAAUCAGACUUGCUUUACCUAACAUUAAACAAAUUGAUGCAACUUCAACAACACAGCCACCACCGUCAUCCCUUCCUCUACCUAGUAAUAAUGACCAUUUACAAACAAGACCUUAUGUUAAUAACUACUAUUCUUUACAAGAAGAAAAAGAGUAUGCAAAACUAAACAAUACUGGUAAUAGUUUCAUUCGUCAUUCCGAAGAACAUUGUACAUAUAAUACCACAACUACUGAUGGCUAUGCAGUAAGACCACAACAAUAUCCAUUGUAUUCCCAUAUAAAAAGAGAAAUUCCCUCUUCACUAAAUAAUAUAUUACCACCUUUAACUUCAGCAAAAUCAGUAACAGACGAAUUACCAGAACCGUGGUAUACUAACAAGCAUAAAUUAAUAAGUACAACAACAGACACAAUCAACAAUGCAGAGUUAGGAGAUACUAAAAAACAUAAAAGACGAAAAGAAAUGACUGCUUUAAUGGAAGAAUUAAAUCAGGAUUUUUUAAAGAAAAGAGAAAGACUUUAUGUAGAAAAGUUAGAUUCAAUUAAUCAAGAAUUGAAAGAUAUUCAUCGAAAUAAACAUGCAUUAUAUCUGGAUGGUUUAAGGGAUUUAGAAUUGAUGAGGCAAAAGAUGAUUCAUGAUAGCUUAUUACUUAGAGAAUAUCAAAAUCAAGUAACUGAUAAUCAAUUUCGAUUAGAAAUAUACCAAGCUGAAGAAGAAUAUACUGCCGAAACACAAGAAAUAAGAGAAAGAUUAUUCAAUGUAUUAGAGGAGAAAAGGAAGAAAUUAAAAGAAGAUAAAGAUAAUUGCGAAUUGAAUUAUGAUGUUAUAUUAGAUCCACAAUUAAGAGUACAUAAACGUAAUUUACGUAAAAGAGGAUCUGAUCAUGCAGAAAAUAAAACAAAUAAAAAGAAACAAAUGACUGGGCCAUCACUUGUAUUUAAAUUAAAAGAAGACGAUAUAUUAUCUGAUUUACAAUUGAUGAGAGUGGGUUUGAGUUCAUCUUCAGCACAAACAGCCAGUAGUAGCAGCAGCAGUAAUAGCAGUACUGUAAUUGGAAGUCCGACAGCCAAGAGAGCUUCGUCGACAAAUAAAAAAAAGUAAAUUAUUUUUUCUAAUUUAUUCAUUAUGGAACAAACUAAAAUAAAAAAUAAAAUAAAAAUGUUAAUAUUUU